AGAUUUCUACGUACUUUGCUGGAUAUGCCCCACGUGCGCCGAUGAUGUUCUUGAAACUAGGUAAGGUACUUAUAAGUGAGUGCCAGCUCCAUCGUGGCCACAUCUAGUUCCGGAAUUCCACUUCGCGAGGUCAUCUCUCUUGGUUGUUUGAAUUGAAGGAUUCUUGUCCUACUUUCCCUUUCUCACUUGUUUGCGGAUACUCGGUACAUAUUCGCUUAGAUGCGGCAGAGCCUCCUGUUCGUGAUCAAAACAUUGCUCGCAAGAGCCAUAUUACGCAACGGACUCGUUGAAAUUUGUUGAUUGGAGGAAAACCAGCAGUCUUUGGGCCUUGAAUCGAUACUGGUUUUAUCGGUCAAUUGCGGAUCGGGCCGCCUGAGUCAUAAAAUUAUAGGUUCCCUUUAACAUUUGGUUGAAAUGUUUACCAGCAGGACCUCGACAAGAACUCUAUUGGGCCGUUGUGCCCAAAGAACGGAAUUUCGACGAGGACUCACAGUCUCUUCUGGCCUUCGUUCUCGCAUUGCCCAUGAUUCUGCUCAGAGAGAAUCAAGGAAUAACCAGGGAUGGUCGCGACCAAAGGUUUUGGCAGUAGCCAUUGGAGCUGGUGCUCUUGGAUGGGGGCUUGCCAGCUUGAACGAAAGUAAAGGCACUGGAAAAUCUACAUGGGGUCGAUCGGUUGCGCCUCAUUAUGCUACAUUGCCCGAGAUGGAGAAGGCGAUCAAACGAAUCGAAAACGAGGUUGGAAUAGAAGGCUUCAUUUCGACAGAUCCCGAAGAUCUGCUGGCACAUGGCUACUCAGAAUGGUCUACGGUCAACCCUGAUACUUUGCCAGUGGCUGUGGCAUAUCCUAGAACAACCGAGCAAGUGUCUGUGAUAGCCCGUAUAUGUCAUGAGCAUCGCGUUCCUAUCAUCCCCUAUUCUGGAGGCUCAAGCUUGGAAGGCAAUUUUUCUGCCCCUUACGGAGGGAUCAGUGUGGAUUUUGCGUAUAUGGACCAGAUCAUUCAGUUUAACAAAGAUGAUAUGGAUAUUGUGGUCCAGCCAAGUAUUGGCUGGCAAGACCUAAACGCAAAGUUGUUGGCUAUGGAUAGUGGCCUUUUCUUUCCUGUCGAUCCUGGCCCAUCAGCGAAGAUAGGAGGUAUGAUCGGAACGAAUUGCUCUGGAACAAAUGCUGUAAGAUAUGGUACAAUGAAGGAUUGGGUCAUUAACUUGACCGUUGUCCUGUCCGACGGGCGUAUUAUCAAAACCAGACGAAGGCCGCGAAAGUCAUCUGCUGGAUACAAUCUGAACGGACUGUUUGUUGGCUCCGAAGGCACACUAGGGAUUGUCACGGAAGCUACACUCAAGCUGGCUGUCAUUCCAGAGCAGUAUUCGGUUGCUGUUGUUACAUUUCCUACCAUUCGAGAUGCCGCUAAUGCGGCAGCUGGUGUCAUGCAGGCCGGCGUCCCCGUCGCGGCGAUGGAGAUCAUGGAUGAAGUUCAAAUGCGAGUCAUCAACCUCGGUGGUGCUACGAAACCGCGGGUCUGGAAGGAAUUGCCAACGCUGUUUUUCAAGUUCUCAGGUACAAAAGACGGCGUGAAGGACAACAUCAACAGGGUAAAGAAAAUUGCGGCGGCAAACAAGGGUGGAAGCUUCGAGUUUGCUCGGGAUGCUGCUGAGCAACAGUUGCUCUGGUCUGCCAGGAAAGAGUCCCUUUGGUCUAUGCUCUCUCUCCGAAAAACUGGUGACGAUGUUUGGAGCACCGAUGUAGCUGUUCCGUUCAGUCGGCUGGCUGACAUCAUAGAGGUCAGCAAGAAAGAGAUGGAUGAGCUUGGUCUCUUCGCCAGCAUCUUGGGACACGUGGGAGACGGGAACUUCCAUGAAAGCAUCAUGUAUAACAAGAACGUCCCUGGUGAGCGCCAAAAAGUCGAAGCUUGCGUCAAGAACAUGGUGAAACGAGCGCUAGACAUGGAUGGGACAUGUACAGGAGAGCAUUCCAUCGGCUGGGGCAAAAAGGAGAGUCUACUCUGGGAAGUUGGACCAGAGACUCUGGAAGUUAUGGCAGCUGUGAAGAAGGCUUUCGACCCUGAAUGGAUCUUGAAUCCUGGAAAGAUCAUGGAUGUGCCUUGGGAGAACACUCUGUAUCCUGGGUCAAAUACCGCGGUGACACCAAACCGUGUGGUGAAAGGCUUGGUCUAAGACAGGAGCUAUCGCUGUGUUUCUACGUAGCUCCUUAGACUAGUGGGUUAGCAACACCUAAAUCAUAACUGUAUAUAGAGACUUGCAGCAUAGAUUGAUGCUUCUAGGGAUGGCUUGCAGCCGUAGUUAUUGUAUUGAGUAAACAUUGUAAGACCAACCCAAGUCAAAGCUAUAGAUUGAGAGAGCUACUAAUGCAGCCAAAUACCUACUCAGUCAUGAAUACAAAAUCAAGGUACAC